GUUGGGAGUAAGUGGCAUGCAGGAAUCUUUAAGUUUUUCUGUCAUUCAAGUCUUUAAGUUGAGCUACAAAACCAGUGUUGGGACACAGGAAAUAACACAUAAGCCUGGGUUUUCGGUUCGCCUUAACAAUCCUAAAGUGACAAUCAGUGGCAAUUCUAUAGUUGAUUCAAUAGUUGGAGCUUUCAAUGCAAGGAUAGAUUUAGCAAAAAGAAGUCAAGAGCAUCAAAAAGAGAUCGAAACACUGGAUAAUCAUAAUAAUAGGAUCGAAACAACAGAUAACCAUGUAGAUGAGAUCGAAAUAGUAGAUGACUAUGAAGAUGUGUUAGAAAACAAUGAAAGCCUUGAAUUUGAUUUCGAUUCAGUUGUUAAGAGUUUGCAACAAGAACCAAUAAAUAAAUGGAAAGUGCAUGCAACAGCACCUAUAAUAGUUGCGAUUGAUAGACAAAUCAAAUAUCAAGUUUACUUCCUUUUCGUCUUCCGAAACUAUCCUUAUUCAAAUUUUACUGAAGAAGAGUGGCAGUCGAUAACUCAAACAAACAAAUAUACAAUCCAUAAGCCAGUGAUGUCAUCUUUGGUAUCAACUGCCUUACAUGAAGCCGUGAUCAAUCAUUUGUUAGGUCGGGACAGUUAUAUGCAUGCAAACAAAACUCCAUUGAGCAGAGUAGUCGCAUGA